AUGACGACUCCCAACCCCGAAUCACUCAAUAACAUAAUUGCCAAGAUAAAGGACGAUGUCGGAAAGAUUGUCGAAACAGUCAAGAAACUUCCUGCCGAGCACGAACAACGCAAACAUCUUCCCAAUUGGCUGCAACCCAUCCACACGACGUUCAACAGCAUUCAACCCGUCAAGCUCACCGGAGAUGGCAAGGACCUCGAAAAUCUGAACAAGGCUCUGGGGCCGUGCCUGGACGCUGCCAUCGAACUCACCAACAUAGUCGUUUACGAGCGCGAGGGUAAAAAUGGCAAAGACGCAACAGCCGUUACCAAGGAUCUUCUCCAAGGCACUAUCAAUGUGGCGGAAGACCCCUAUUCGAGUCAGAGGAAAUCAAGGGUCUGA